CUUUCACUGAAAUAGUCCUCUUAACACCAUAAAACAAUAAAACAAUACAAGAAAACUAUCGCCAAGAAAAAAUAAUAGGUACAUACGAGAAAAUUAGUUGUUUACCCCACGGCCGCCACUUUGCCGUAGAUCAACUAUAUUAGAAUACCUAGUUAGUGUAUUACUGAGUGGGCCUGAAGUACGAGGCCAAUCUACGCAUUACACAAAGGUGCCUUUUACAUGUACGUAAGACCGCGCUUCUAGAGUAUCAUAAAGAAACAGAAGAAGAGUUAUUACGUUCGAAAGAUUCAUUAUUAAUUUAAUGUAAACAAGAUACCUAAUAUUUAUUAUAAUGGAUGUGGUACAAAAAAUUUUCAAGGAAGAUAUUGAUAUUCAAAAUGAUUUUGUUUGGAAUAUGGACGUUAAACGAGAAUUGAUUGACGAAACGCCUAAAACAGAUUUUCAAAAUGUAGAUACUAGUAGUAUGCGUCCUAUUAAACAAGAAAUAAAUGAUGACCUUACAAUAAUUCAUAUAUUGAAAGAAUCGAUCAGAGAAACUAAAUCAGAGAAAAGUUUCCUUGAAGUUAAGAUACCCAAUAUUAAAAACAAAAUCAAAUAUUUUGGUAAGCGAAUUAAAUCAAAAGGAUUGCUAAAAAAUGGAAAAUACUCGUUAAAUCAAAAUACUAUUCCCGGAAUAAAGAUCUGUGGAUUUUGUGGGAAUUUAUACACAAAGCAGACAGAAAUGCUUAGGCACAUUUCUAAAAACCAUUUUAUGAAACAAAAGAAAUUACAACAUAAAAUGGAAUUUCACCAGAAAAAUGAAAGGUUUAAAAAAAGACAAUUAAUUGAAUUGGUUAGUCACAGAAAAUUUGAUGAAAAUGUGAAGAAUGAAAUUGAAAUAGUUGAACAUAAUUUGGAAACAGAGCUGCAAGAUAUGAGAUUUGUUGGUAAUUUAGAAUUAGAUAUAGAAACAGGUGAAAACUUGAAGGGAAGAAAUUUAACUAGUUUAAAUACUCACAUGCCCAGUCACGCUACUAUUAUAUCUUUAAAAUGUAAAAUUUGCCUGAAAACGUUUCCACAUAAAACUGAUUUAAACAAACAUACUUGUAUUUAUACAAGAGAGAAGCCAUUUAAAUGUGAGGUUUGUUCAAAAACUUUUUCACAUAAAUGUAGUAUGAAAAGACAUUUGCUUAUUCACAUUGCAGAAAAUUCACACAAAUGUCACAUUUGUUUAAAGAUUUUUCCAUUUCAUUUGAGUAAAAAUUUUCAAAUUCACACGAAAAAAAAGCCAUUUGAAUGUAACAAUUGUUUUUCGCAGAAAAGUACUUCCAGAACAAAUCUGCUCAGUCACACGGAAAGAAAACCUUUCAAAUGUGACAUUUGUUUUAAAACUUUCUCAUAUAAGAGUAAUUUUAAUGUACAUUCACGUAGUCACACUGGAGAAAAACCGUUCAAAUGUGACAUCUGCUUAAAAACUUUUUUGCAAAAGAGUAGUUUAAAUGUACAUUUACGUAGUCACACAGGAAAAAAACCAUUUGAAUGUGACAUUUGCUCGAAAACGUUCUCUCAGAAGAGUAGUUUAAAUGUACAUUUGCGUGGUCACGCAGGAAAAAAACCAUUCAAAUGUCACAUUUGCCUGAAAACAUUCGUUCGAAAGGAUAUUUUAGAUAUACAUUUGCCUAGCCACAUGGGAGAAAAACCAUUCAAAUGUGACAUUUGUUUAAAAUCUUUCUCACAAAAGAGUAAUUUAAAUGUACAUUUACGUAGUCACACUGGAGAAAAACCAUUCAAAUGUGACAUUUGCUUGAAAACUUUUUUGCAGAAGAAUAGUUUAAAUGUACAUUCACGAAUUCACACAGGUGAAAAACCAUUCAAUUGUGAAAUUUGCUCGGAAUCUUAUGCAUGGAAACCUAGUCUAAUUACACAUAUGCGUAGUCAUACAGGAGAAAAACCAUUCAAAUGUGAUAUUUGUAUGAAAACUUUUUCACAGAAAAGUAGUUCAAAUAAACAUUUUUUUAUUCACACAGGAAAAGAACUCAUGCAUAAUAUGCCUUUCCAGUGUGAAGUCCUUCAUUCUGCGCAUUCAGGAUUUCUUCUCCUGCACACGUCGUUAACUCAGCUACCGUCCAGCUCACGAUCUGUGGAGUCUUCAGCAGUAACCACUCAGCCGACUGUGAUGUUUCACGUGGAUAUGGUACAGAAAAAUGUUAAGGAAGAAAAUAAUAUUCAAAAUGAUUUUGUUUGGAAUAUGGAUGUUAAACGUGAAUUUACUGACGAAACGCAAGGGGAAGAUUUUCAAGAUGUAAACACCAGUAGAGUGCACCCCAUUAAACAAGAAAUAAAUAAUGACCUCAACAUAAUUCAAACGUUAGGAGAAUCGAUGGUUUCAACUAAAUCAGAGGACGGUUUUCUUGAGGCUAAGUUACCCAUAUUUCAAAACAAAAUCAAAUAUUCUGGAAAGAGAAUUGAAUCAAAAGAUAAACAUAAAAUAAUGGAUAUGGUACCGAAAAUUGUCAAGGAAGAAAUUAAUAUUCAAAAUGAUUUUGUUUGGAAUAUAGAUAUUAAACAAGAAUUUACUGACGAAACGCACAAGGAAGAUUUUAAAGAUGUACACACCAGUAGUAUGCAUCCUAUUAAACAAGAAAUAAAUGAUGACAUUAACACAAUUAAAACGUUAGGAGUAUCAAUGGUUGCAACUAAAUCAGAGCACAGUUUUCUUGAAGUUAAGAUACCCAUUAUUCCAAACAAAGUCAAAUAUCUUGGAAAGAGAAUUAAAUCAAAAGGAUUGGUAAAAAAUGGAAAAAUAUCGAAAUCAAAUACUAUUAAGAUCUGUGAAUUUUGUGGGAAUUUUUAUACAAAACAAAUAGAAAUGCUCAGGCACUUUUCUACAAAUCAUUUUAUGAAACAAAAGAAAUUACAACAUAAAAUGAAAUUUAGCCGAAAAAAAGAAAGUUGUAGAAAAAGACAAUUUAUUGAUCUUACCAGUCACAGAAAAUUUUAUGAAAAUGUGAAGAAUGAAAUUGAAAUAGUUGAACAUAAUUUAAAAACGGAGUUGCAAGAUAUUGAGUUAGAUAUAGAAAAAUGUGAAAAAUUGAAGAGAAGGAAUUCAAAUAGACAUUGGUUGGUUCAACCAGGAAAAAAGCUAUUUAAGUGUGACAUCUGUUCCAAAACUUUCUCACAGAAAUGUAAUAUGAAAAGACAUUUGCUUAGACACACUGAUAACCCACACAAAUGUGUCAUUUGUUUAAAGACUUUUCCACAAAAGUUUCAUUUGAAUAGACAUUUUCGAAUUGAUACAAGAGAAAGGCCUUUUGAAUGUAACGUUUGCUUGAAAACUUUCUCACAGAAAAGUAGUUUAAAAACACAUUUGCUCAGUAACACAGAAAAAAAGCCUUUCAAAUGUGAUAUUUGUUUGAAAACUUUUUCCCAAAAAAUUCAUUUCAACACACAUUUACGAGGUCACACAGGAGAAAAGCCAUUCAAAUGUGAGACUUGUUUCAAAAUGUUUUCACAGAAGAGUAGCUUAAAUGUACAUAUGCGUAGUCACAAAGGGGAGAAGCCAUAUAAAUGUGACAUUUGUUCAAAAUCUUUCUCACACAAGAGUAAUUUAAAUGUACAUUUGCGUGGUCACACUGGAGAAAAACCUUUCAAAUGUGACAUUUGUUUGGUAUCUUAUUCAUGGAAAACUAGCUAUAUUACACAUUUGCGUAGCCACACAGGAGAAAAGCCAUACAAAUGUGACAUUUGUUUGAAAGCGUUUUCACUUAAGAUUCAUUUGAAAGUACAUAUGCGUAUUCACACAGGUGAAAAACCAUUCAAGUGUGAAAUUUGCUCGGAAUCUUAUGCAUGGAAACCUAGUUUAAUUACACAUAUGCGUAGUCAUACAGGAGAGAAGCGAUAAGGAUGCAAAAUUUGUUCAAAAUCUUUUUCACAGAAAAGUAGUUUGAAUAAACAAUUUUGCAUUCACACAGAAAAAUAACUCUUGCAUAUGUUAUAUAAAAAUUUCACUAAAAGGAUUUAUCUUGAUAAACAAGUAAAAUGGUUUUUGUAUUCUCAGCUUGAGAGGUAUAGCGAAUUUUUUACUAUUAGUAAUCAGUAAAUAUUUUCAAUAUUCGGAUUCGAAUCCGCGCCUCCAGAUAUAAAAGCAUAAAAAGUUUCAUUUGAAAAAAUCAUGUCAAAAA